AUGUCCGAGAAGAAAGCUGAAACAAUCAAUUCAAAAGAACAAGAUUAUAGUGAAGGUGAAAUAAUUACAAGUUAUAAAUCACCAACUGCAAAUUUAGAGCUAAAAGAUGCAGAUGAAGCAAUGGGAAUUGCCCUUGAAUCUAAAGAUCUUGGUAUAGAACUAGAUUCUAAAACUACUAAAAAAUUAAUUAGAAAAAUUGAUCUUUAUAUCUUACCAUUGAUUGGAUUUUUAUAUGCUUGUCAAUUCAUGGAUAAAACUACAAAUUCUUAUGCUGCAGUUAUGGGUUUAAAAACUGAUUUAGGAAUGAAAGGUGAUCAAUAUUCUUGGACUGGUACUGCAUUUUAUAUGGGUUAUCUUGUUUUUGAAUUUCCUGCAAAUGUAUUAUUACAAAGAUUCCCAUUAGCUAAAACAACUGCAACUUUCAUAUUUAUAUGGGGGGUUAUCUUGUGUUUACAUGCUGUACCAAAUUAUGCUGGGUUUAUAAGUUUAAGAUUUCUUUUAGGUGUUUUUGAAAGUUCAAUUUCUCCUGCAAUGAUUAUAUUAACAAGUCAAUGGUACCCUAAAGAAAUACAAUUUCAAAGAACUUGUUUUUGGUUUUCAUGUAAUGGUAUUGGUAUAAUUAUGGGUGGUGCUAUUGCAUAUGGAUGUUCAAUCCAUGCAGAUUCAUUCUCAUUUGAAGCUUGGAAAUUGUUAUUUAUUGUUACUGGUUUGAUGACUAUAGUUUUAUCAAUUGCUUUUAUUUUACAUAUACCUGAUACUCCAUCAAAAGCAUGGUUUUUAAAACAAGAUGAAAAAUUAAUGCUUGUUGAAAUUAUUAGAAGUAAUCAACAAGGUUUUGGUAAUAAACAUUUUAAAAAACAUCAAUUCAUUGAAACUUUAAAAGAUCCUUUAACUUGGUUAUAUUUUUGGUAUGCAUUAUCAAGUAAUAUACCAAAUGGUUCAUUAUCAAAUUUUGGUAGUAUUUUAUUAUCAGAAGAUUUUGGUUAUAAUGCCUUUGAUAGUCUUUUAAUGAAUAUGCCAUGUGGUGGUGUUGAAUUUGUUGGAUGUAUUGGACUUUCCAUGUUGGCUUAUAAAUUACCAAGAACUAUAGUCUCCAUUAUGGCAGGAAUCAUAUCAUUAUUUUCAUCAUGUCUUUUAGCAUUUGUGGAAAAUAAUAAUAAUGCAAGAUUAGCUGGUUAUUAUUUACAAUAUGUUUAUCCAUUAUCAAUGAUGUGUGCAUUAUCAUGUUUUGCAUCAAAUACAGCAGGUCAUACUAAGAAAAUUUCAACAACUGCUAUAUAUUUCAUUGGAUAUUGUAUUGGUAAUUUAAUUGGUCCACAAACUUUUACUACACCUCCUUAUACUGCUGGUAAGAUUGUUAUUGUUGUUUGUAAUCUUUUGUCAUUAUUAAUUAUAGUUGCAACUUUUUUCUAUUAUAAGUAUUUAAAUAAAAAGAAGGAUGAAAAUUUGAUGAGUAUGAGUGAAGAAGAUUUGAAAUUAUUUGAAAAUUCUGAAUUUGCAGAUUUAACUGAUAGAGAAAAUCCAAAAUUUAAAUAUAGUUUAUAA